AUGGAAACGGAGACAACAUCUGCUGCUGCUGCUGCUGCUGCUGCUGCCUCUGUACAAACUAUGGAAGACAAUGAAGAAGAAGAAUUCCCACGUCUAAAUUACGUUUGGGAUAUGGAUACAGAAAGAAACAUUAAACUUUUACUCCGACAACGAGGAUCCCAUUUAAGAAAAACUGUAGAUGAGGAUAAUAUUAUUGUUAUUAGAACGCCGAAAAGAAAAUUACCACUCCCUUCUAAUUUUCGAAUAUCUAAACAAAACAAUCCAUCGAAAUUGUCACAACAGAGUGAUCUCAAUGUUCAGAAUAAUAUAUUAACAAAAGAAUCUCUUCAAUUAAAUGAUGCGAUACUUCCUUCUGUUGGUACUGAUAUUUCAAUUUAUGAAGAUAACAUACCUGAAGACCCUCCAAGUAUAAUAAACAAACAUCAAUUUCAGCCAUUAUUCGAUGCUCAUAACCCACUUAAAGAGAAAAAAGUUAAUAAUUACAACCGUGAUGUUGAUAACUUUGAUGUAGAUUUAACUCGUGAUUCACAUUAUUUACCAGCAUUUGAUAAUUAUAAGAAAAGUAUAGCACCAAACAAAAGAAAAAAUCUAAAUAAUAACAAGAAGAACACAAAUCCCUUUGAAUCAUCUUUCCAAUUUCAAGAUUGUAAAAACAUAGAUGAAUUAUUAGUGUCAAAUAUGUCAAUGACAUCAAUUGGCAUCUUCAAAGAUUUAUUUAAAAACCUUUUUCAGGAUAAUUUAGUCAUGCAAGCUAUCAAAGAUUUUAAAAUGAAUGAUCACAAUAAAAUUAAGAAAAUGAUGUAUAAAUUAGAUUUGAAAAUUUUCCAAAAAUUGACUGAUAUGAUAGAAAAUGAUUUAGAUGAUAUCUUUGAUAUCAAUUUGGCAAAUAAUGAACUUUGCAACAAGAUAUCAGCUAUACAAAAUAAGAAGGAAAGUAUAUCAUCGGAACUAAACAUUAUUAAGAAGGAAUUGAAAGAUUUAGAACGGAAUGAUGAUGGUGCGAGCGGCAACAACAAACAACAACAAAAUGAGAUGCAUGAAGAGAACUAUUUAAAAUCUAUGAGUGAUAAAGAUGAUAAUGACAAAUUUCAACUAAAUAAGAAACUUCAGGAAUUAUCAAACAUGUUAGGAAAUCCAAAUAUCAAUGAAAUUGUUCCAUCUUCAAGAAAUAAUGAAGUUGAUGACGAUCGUGAAGAGGAACAAGCAGAACAUCAACAACAGUCUUUACUCGGUGAUAUUUUUAAAACCCAUAGCUCGCAUUAA